AUGGCUAUCUCAGACGAGACCAAGGACCGGUUCAACGCUGCUGUUGGUGUCGCAAAGGUCAGUCUUGCUUCCACGGUGCUACAGACGAGCUACUCGAGCUUCUACACGAGCAUGGGCGAAUGCGACGAGGAGAGCAUGACAAUUGUCACCGUCGGCUGGAUUCCUUUCGUCAUCUAUGUCGGAUACAAGAACUCCUACCCUCAGCCAUCACUCAUCAAGUUGAUCACACCUUUAGCAUGA